AUGGGGAAAUUCAGAAGUAUCCUUCUUUUGUGCCUUGGCUUUCUUCUAGUCCACGUAAGAGGUCAACGUGAUUUUGAUUUAGCCGAUGCUCUUGAUCACCCAGAGGACAUAAUUACCAGGAAGCCUACAGUGGUCAGAAGACCGACAAGGCCUGUGCUGAACAAUGAUCUGCAUUUAGGAGAUGCUCUUGGUGGGGGUGACAUCCCAAGAAAACCUUUAUACCCACCUCUUCCACCACGACCGGGAAGCCAUAGUAAUUCUGGAGGUUUUGAUGACUCAGAUCUCCUUGAUGGGAAGCCUUUACCACCACAUGUAACAGGAGAAGAAGAGCAUAAUUUCAAUCAUGGAGGAAACACGGAUUCAGGAUUAAUAGCUGGAGUUACAUCUCCUAUAAUUUCUGCUUUUGUAAUAUUAGUUGUUGGAUCAAUAGCGGCCUACUCCGCUUAUAAGAACAAGAGACUUUGUUUCAAACCCCAUGGAGGUGUGUGGAGAAGCUUCACAGGCAUUUCUGAGAGAUCUGGGAUCCUCCAGCACUUCAGAAAGCCCCAGCCUGGGGCUGCCAUAGCGGGCUCCGGGGUGGCUGCUGCUGGCCGGGUGCCGGGGGAAGGCUUGGGCAGCGUUACACAGGGGAGAUUCAGCCGGAUCACGGCCCGGGAUGUCUCGGGGGAGGCCCGCCAGGGCCUGAAGGCUGUUUGUGCCCUCAGGGUCUGA